ACCAUUGACAUUUAGGGAUGUGGCCAUAGAAUUCUCUCUGAAGGAGUGGCAAUGUCUGGACACUGCACAGCGGAAUUUAUAUAGAAAUGUGAUGUUAGAGAACUACAGAAACCUGGUCUUCCUGGGUAUUGCUGUUUCUAAGCCAGACCUGAUCGCUUGUCUAGAGCAAGGAAAGGAGGCCUGGAAUAUGAAGCGACAUGAGAUCAUGGUGGCCAAACCCCCAGUUAUGUGUUCUCAUUUUGCCCAAGACCUUUGGCCAGAGCAGAAUAUAAAAGAUUCUUUCCAAAAAGCAACACUGAAAAGAUAUGGAACAUGUAGACGUGAGAAUUUACCUUUAAGAAAAGGCUGUGAAAGUGUGGAUGAGUGUAAGAUGCACAAAGGAGGUUAUAAUGGACCUAACCAAUGUCUCACGGCUACCCAGAGCAAAAUAUUUCAAUGUGAUAAAUAUGUAAAAGUCAUUCAUAAAUUUUCAAAUUCAAACAGACAUAAGAUAAGACAUACUAAAAAGAAACCUUUCAAAUGUAGAGAAUGUGGCAAAUCAUUUCGCGUGAUUUCAUGCCUAACUCAACAUAGCAAAAUUCAUACUAGAGUAAAUUCCUACAAAUGUGAAGAAUGUGGAAAAGCCUUUAACUGGUCCUCAACUCUUACUAAACAUAAGAGAAUUCAUACGGGAGAGAAACCCUAUAAAUGUGAAGAAUGUGGUAAAGCUUUUAACCAGUCCUCAAACCUUAUUAAACAUAAGAAAAUUCAUACUGGAGAGAAACCCUACAAAUGUGAAGAAUGUGGCAAAGCUUUUAACCGAUCCUCAACUCUUACUACCCAUAAGAUAAUUCAUACUGGAGAGAAACCUUACAAAUGUAAAGAAUGUGGUAAAGCUUUUAACCGAUCUUCAACGCUUACUUCCCACAGAAAAAUUCAUACUGGAGAGAAACCCUACAAAUGCGAAGAAUGUGGCAAAGCCUUUAAGCAGUCCUCAAACCUCACUACACAUAAGAUAAUUCAUACUGGAGAGAAACCCUACAAAUGUAAAAAAUGUGGAAAAGCCUUUAACCAGUCUGCACACCUUACUACACAUAAGAUAAUUCAUACUGGAGAGAAACCCUACAAAUGUGAAAAAUGUGGAAAAGCCUUUAAUCAUUUCUCACACCUUACUACACAUAAGAUAAUUCAUACUGCAGAGAAACCUUACAAAUGUAAAGAAUGUGGUAAAGCUUUUAAACACUCUUCAACCCUUACUAAACAUAAGAUAAUUCAUACUGGAGAGAAGCCCUACAAAUGUAAAGAAUGUGGAAAAGCUUUCAACCAAUCCUCAAAACUUACUGAACAUAAGAAAAUUCAUACUGGAGAGAAACCCUAUGAAUGUGAAAAAUGUGGCAAAGCUUUUAACCAGUCCUCAAAUCUUACUAGACAUAAGAAAAUUCAUACUGAAGAGAAACCUUACAAAUGUGAAGAAUGCGGCAAAGCUUUUAAGCAAUUCACAAGUCUUAUUAAACAAGAAAAUUUAUACUGGAGAGAAACCCUACUAACCUGAAAGAUGUGACAAUAAUUUUGACACCACCUCAAACUUACAAGCAUAAAAGUAAUCAUACUGGUAAGAAAUUCUAAAAAUGUGAAGAAUGUGGCAGUCUUUAAGUGGUUGUCACACUUUAGGUAAGAUAAUUCAUACUGGAACAAACUACAAGUGCGAACAAUGUAGCAAAGCUUAAUUUAUGCUCACACCUGAUUGCACAGAAAAGAAUUUAUAGUUGAGAAAAAUUAUACAAAUAUAAAGAGUGUGGAAAAGCCAUUAAUAUCUGCUCACAUCUUAUUCAGCAUCAGAAAGUUAGUACUUAAUAAAAGCAUUAUAAAUGUAAUUACUGUCCAAAAAGCAUUCAGAAAAUAUAAGUCUUUAAUGUGAAAAAGAGUAAUCAUUUUGAAGACAAACAUUGCAAAUAUAAAGAGGGUUGUAGUACCUUGUAUGACAAAUCUUAUUGUACUGAUUUUGUACUAGAGGAAACCCCUGAAGCAGUCGCUUAAACUUUGUUUAACAUCAGAGAUUGUUUUUUUUGAGACGCAGUUUCGCUUGUUAUCCAGGCUGGAGUGCAAUGGCGUGAUCUUGGCUCCCCGCAACCUCUGCCUCCCGGGUUCAAGCGAUUCUCCUGCUCCAGCCUCCCCAGUAACUGGGAUUACAGGCAUGUGCCGCCAUUCCUGGAUAAUUUUUGGAAGAGACGGCAUUUCUCCAUGUUGGUCAGGCUUAUCUCAAACUCCUGAUCUCAGGUGAUCCGCCCACCUCAGCCUCUCAAAGUGCUGGGAUUACAGGCGUGAGCCACCACACCUGGCUAACAUCAGAGAAUUUAUAUUUGAGAAAAACCCUGCAAAUGUAACAAAUUUUGAAAGACCUUUUCAAAAACUACAGCUUAAAAAGCAGCAGAGGAUUCAUACUAAAAUAUAUUUUUGCAGAUGCAGUAAAUAUAAAAAUAUAUUUAAUCCGAAGUUUAUGUAAAUAUCAGAGGAUUCACAGUAGAAAUAUCUAAGGCGCUGGCACUUCAGACACUACACUAAAUCAGAGUGCUGAGUCUAGAAAAGAAUCCAAAACUAAAUUUGGUGGAUGAAUUAUUUGUAUAUAACUUUAAAAGAAGUAGAACAUUUUCAUUACAAUUCAAAGUAUACUUUUUUCCUUAAAAAAAUUACAGGUUUUUUAAAAAGCAAAUAAUCAUGUAAUUCAAUUUUCAAAUUACUUCAUGCUCUUUCUUCUUCAUUGCUAUUAUAUUUACAUAUGAAAGCAUGUGAUCAGUUGCUGCAUCAAAGACAUGAGAUUUUUUUUUAUUAGGUGGUCAUUAUUUAUGACCUUUUCUAUUAAAGAAUAAGAACAUUAAGCUGGGUGCAGUGGCUCAUGCCUGUAAUCCCAGCACUUUGGGAAGCUGAGACGGGCAGAUCAUGAGGUCAGGAGUUUGAGACCAACCUGGCCAAUAUGGUGAAACCCCAUCUACU